AUGAAAAAAAGCGCAACAGAUGAUAUACCAAAAGGUUUAGAAGAUGAGGAAUAUUUCCAUGGUUUAUUACCACGUGAAGAUUGCAAUGAAAUUUUGACUAAGGUUGGAGAUUUUCUUGUACGUGUAUCACAGCCACGACCAACUGAUCCACGUGAAGUAAUUAUAUCAGUACGAGUAUCAAAAGAGCAAUCAGGACAUUCAAUCCGUCAUGUAAUAGUGAAAAAGCAAAAACUUCCAAACGGUCAAAUUGUAUGGAUUGCAAUUGAAACAAUUAAAUUCAUGUCAUUCUUCGAUUUAAUUGAGCAUUACGUGAAACGUGGCGAUCCAAUUAAUCCUGAACUGGAAAAUAGUGUGCUGAUUAAAGCAAUUAAGCGUCAACCAUGGGAAUUUAGUCAUGAUGAUAUUACACUUAAUAAAAUGCUUGGCUCUGGUGCAUUUGGUGAAGUACGGUCAGGUGAAUUAACCAUUAACAAGAAAAAAAUUGAAUGUGCUGUCAAAAUUGUUACGCAAAUGGCAUUUCGAAAAGAGAAAAUUAAAGAAAUGAUGCAUGAGGCACGUUUAAUGCGUCAUUAUGAUCACGAUAAUAUUGUUCGCAUUUAUGGUGUUGCAGUUGAUCGUGAACCAUUAAUGAUUGUAAUUGAAUUGAUUAAAGGUGGAUGCCUUUCGGAAGAUUUAAAACAACGAAAAGGUAGUAUAUCAGAUGAUGAAAAGGUAGAAAAAAUGUGUCUUGGUGCUGCAUAUGGUUUGCAAUAUUUGCAUUCAAAGAAAUGCAUUCAUCGUGAUAUAGCCGCACGAAAUAUUUUAUAUACUACGGAUAAAGUGGCUAAAAUAAGUGAUUUUGGUAUGUCACGCGAGGGGACAAUUUAUAAAAUGAAAACAUCGAAGAAAGUACCAAUUAAAUGGACAGCUCCAGAAACUAUUGCUACAUUUGUUUAUAGUUUAAAAACAGAUGUUUAUUCAUUUAGUAUAAUGGUAUGCGAAAUAUUCACUGAUGGCGAAGAACCGUACAAGGGAAUGACCAAUUCAGAAGUCAAAAAAAUGGUAUUACGUGGUGAAAGAAUGGAAAUACCGGUAGCACCUCAAGGUAUAUCAUCAUUAAUUAGACAUUGUUGGGAUCAAAAUGCAGCAUCACGUUGGACAAUGAAUGCUGCAGUGAAAAAACUGGAAAAAAUUGCUAAACUGAUUGGCCCACAAGGAUUACAAUCGGAUAAUGUGACAGCAAUCACACUUGAUUCAGGCAAAGAUAUGAGCUCAUCAAAGAAAGUUGUUAAUUAUAACAAGAAAAAUUCAUCCUUAAAAGGCAUUCCGGAUAGUGCAGUAACACAACAACCCGUAAGCAUUUCAAACUUUAUCAAUUAA